UUAUAUCGUGGAUUAUUUCCAGUUGUCUCAGCUUUAUGUUGUUCAAAUUUUGUGUAUUUUUAUAUGUUUAAUGGUUUAAAAUCAGUGAUGGCAACCCCUAAUGGUGAAAUUAAUUCUAUCAAAGAUUUAUCUUUAGGUUUUAUAGCAGGUGUAAUCAAUGUAUUGGUAACCACACCACUAUGGGUAGUUAAUACUAGACUGAAGUUACAGGGUGUUAAAUUUCAUACUAAACAUUAUACUGAAAAUGAUCAUAAAAAAAUGAAAUAUAAUGGCAUUAUAGGUAGAAAGAUUAUAAAUUAUGAAGGUAUUUCUACAUUGUGGAAUGGUACUAUGCCAUCCAUAAUCUUAGCGUCCAACCCAGCAAUACAAUUCAUGGUUUAUGAUGCCAUUAAAAUAUAUUUUCAAAGACUUUUCAAAACAGCUGAAUUAAGUGGCUUUUUAUAUUUUUUGAUUGGUGCGAUAGCUAAAACAAUAGCUACUGUUAUAACAUAUCCUAUACAAGUUAUACAGUCUAGAUUACGG